AUUAGCAUUUUUCAUUUUUUGGGUAGAAGCUUGGAUUAGCUUGGAAUGGGCUGAGAUCUUUGGCCAGCCUUUUCUGGUCACUUUUUGGGCUCGUAGGCCCUUCGAUAGUGGGCUCUACGAUAUCGAAGACCUAAAAACAGAGUCAAAACAUCAGAAGGUCGAAAUUCGAGGACGUAAUCAACGUGGAUCAUUUUAAGCGGGAAAGAUAACUCAAGUGGGUCCCUUCAUAUUUGGGUCCCAUGCUCCUCUUCAUUCUGGAACUAAACCUCCCAAUUCCGAAGUGCCCUCCUCCCUACGAAACUUGAAACGCUAUACUCCACUCGCGCCUAUUGAUUCAUGAUUUUUGAACAAAAUGGUCGCAGCUGCAUUUAGCUGUAAAUGAUCUGAGGAGGAAUUCUGAGAGUCUGAGAGAUUCAAAGCAUGACAAAGAUGGCGGCGAUGAUGAUGCUUAGGAGAGAAGCUUCGAGUUGGAGGACGGCUUCCACAACCUCUAAUUAUUACCCCGUAACGAGAAUCCCAUCUUCUCUGUUUUCUUCCUUCUAUUUGUCCACUAACGCUGCUGCAAAUGCUGCUGCUCAUUUCUCAAAUGAGGGCAUUCUCUUAGCCGAUUCCCCUCCAUCGGCAACUGCGGCAGCUCCAACCCUUCUUCAGCCUGGAGUCGUUAUCUAUGAUGGGGUCUGUCAUCUCUGCCACGGAGGGGUGAAGUGGGUGAUCAAAGUAGACAAGCAUAAGAAGAUAAAGUUUUGUUGCCUUCAGUCCAAGACUGCUGAACCCUACUUAAAAUUGUGUGGUCUUGAUCGUGAGGACGUUCUACGCCGUUUCUUGUUCAUUGAAGGACCUGGUUUAUACCAUCAAGCAUCUACUGCUGCACUGAAAGUUGCAUCACACCUCCCAAUGCCAUACUCAGCUCUGAGUGCCCUGCUGAUAAUCCCCACUCCAUUGAGGGAUGCAAUCUAUGACUACAUCGCUAAGCGACGCUACAACUGGUUUGGGAAGGAAGAAGAUUGCAUAGUUUUGCAAGAGCAGGAGAUGCUUGAACGCUUCAUUGACAGGGAAGAAAUAAUUUAUAGGAAUAAAAUGCAGUUAUAAUUAGUCCUACGAAAACAGGCAGGCCACAGAUUGAUUGGGAAGAAAUGCUAGAUAGGAAUCAUAUGGCUGUUGUAAUUUGCUCCAAUCUAACAAGGUUGCAGUUGCAGUUUCCGUGUUUGGACCUUAAUUCUUCAGCCUUCCCUCUGGUAACUGUUAAUGAGAUUCCUCAUUCUUUGUUCAACCUUUGAAUAUAGUAAGAUUGUGCAGUUCCAAGAAUCAAUAUAAAAACAUUUGCAUGGUUUUGAAA